AUGCGCGGUCACAUCGCCAUUUCACAGAUCAUCAACAUGGCGGAGAGCGUGCCUUCGGACGGCAAGCAAGCGACGGUGCCAGCUCAAGGCACGGCGCCCCCCUGCAGCGCGCCACCUCCGACGCAGCAACGCACCGGCGACGCUCCUGCGAACACCGCUCCAGCGGGCGGCGGCGGCGACCAGGCGGGCAACUCAGCGUCCAGCAACACUUCGGCGGGCGUCACCAGGACGGGGGAAACUAAGCGCGUCUCCUUCUCCGGCGACGCGGGCAAAACCUCUGACGCGAAUAUGCGCGAGGCCGAUGGCACUGCCUCGGCUGACGCUGCAGCCCAGGAAACUGGUGACGCGAACUCAGAGUCUAAAGCUCCAGACGCAGGCGACACGGCUGCGGACGUGAACCUGGAGGAUGCCCCUGAGUUCAAGUUACCACGACACGCGACGCUGGAGGACGUCAGGGGGCUCGUCUUCGCGGGUAUGCUUCGGCAGCAGGAGGUGGAUGUCCCCGACUUCGUACUCCCUGUGCACCCACCGCAUUGGACACUGCCAACCCCGCCGGAUCUCAAGACCAACGCAUAUCUCGUGGGAGUCCCAGGGAUCGUGAACGAUAUUCGCGCGGGUGCAUUCGCCAUGGAAGGCUACGGCGGCGCGUCUACGCUGAUCGGCUUCGAGGAGCUCUCCGACGAGAAUCUUCAGGGGUUGAAGGAAGUCUGCGGUGCCAACGCUGGGAUCGACGUCCUGUGUCCACGUCGUUCGCCUCUUUCCGCAUUCGAGUUGGACAACACCCUGAAUUCCAUCGGCAUUCGACGCGAGAUGGCCUCACUCCUGCGUCACUUCAACAGCACAAGGCUCGCUGAGCGCGUGUUCAAGAUGACUGGUUACCUGCGUCGAGUCCUCGGGGCCUACCGAAACAUGCGUUCUCUGGCUGACUCUCAGCAGGGUUUCACCGCCACUCAGGAAGUAGUCGACACGCGACGCAAGUAUAAGGAACUGAAGCGCACCUGGAAAUUCACGUGCGACUACUGGUUCUUGGAGGUCCAAGAGGCCCUGGGCAAGGUGGAUGAUGCUGAAUCCAAGUACAAAGUCGCGCUGGGCGAGCAAAAGACGCGGUACCAAGACGAUAUUGAUUCUCUGGAGUCCGAGAAGGCACAACUCAAGGCGCGCCUUGCCGACUCUGAGGCACAAGUGCGAAUCCUGAAAUCGCGUCUUGAGUUAGCCACCGUGGACCCCUGGAAGUUCCCUGACUUCCUCCAGGAGCACACAGACUUCACGGGCAAUUGGGAGCGUCUCCACGACCUCUUCAAUCUCUGCAUCAAGGACUCGAAGCCUCCUGAAUCCUGGGACACUGUCAUCAACGUCACGGCCAUGGACAAGCGCAAGGCUGCGGCGGCCCCGUAUCCAGAGAAGAGCACGCGUAUGCCUCCGUCUUCAGGGUCUGGGUCGUCCGUCGUCCUGAAAUUCUGGAUCUCACGGGGUUCCAAGAACGGUCAAGGCUCCAGAAAAUCACGGGACUCUGAGGUGCCAAAAACGCAGUCGAACUCCGCAAGCCCCCAGGUUCACAAGGUCCAGCGUCGUCCCAAGGAUCAUCAGCCUGGCCGCGACUCUGUGCGUCGCGCCGGCGAGAAGACUGUGGUGUCCAAGGAGGCCGCACACACGAUGCUCCCUGGGGGUGUCGUCUGGAAGGAAGUUCGGCCAGACGUGCGUCAGGCUAUUCUUGCUGGGCUCAAGUACGACACAGCCAUGGAGUGGAUCGGCAGCGACCGGGCGGCCCACAGGCAUUUCCGACAGCCGCAGCUGAUCAAGAUGCUCGUGAGGAUGAUGUACUGGCGUCGUCUCGAUCGGACUCCCUGGCGCAAAUACGCCCCUGAGGCUUACUACGAAACGGCGGACGAGCGUCUGGACAGGUGCGGUGAUGACGCCGAUUCCACGGUGGACGACAUCGAGAACGACCCGGACUAUCAGCCUCCCGCCCAGGAACCUGAGGAGAGCGCCUCUAGUAGUAGCUCUGAAGAGGAGGAGGAGGCCGCAGAGGGCGACGACGACGCAGAGGACGACGACAACGCAGAGGACGACAAUGGGGUAGAAGAACCCCUGGAAGUCAAGCCUCCUGCUAAGCGCCCCCGUUCUGAGUCAAGCAAGGAACCUCAGGGUUCCAACUCGAAGUCGAAGAAGAAGCGUCGCACGGGAAACAAGAAAGACACGUCUGCCACUCAGGGUUCUAGUGGUACUCAGGGGUCCAAGGCUACAUCACGCUCCAAGCAUCCGUCGGCACUCGCGCGGAAAUCAUACUCGGAGCUCACUUCAAGUGAGUUGAUGACGGCCGAAGACCCUGAGGACAACGAGACUUCCUGGCGCAUCUAUGGGGUUCUUGUGCAAUACCCAAGCUCGACCAAGAGUGCGUCUUGCCAGACUCCUGGGUUCCCAGAGUACGAGAUCCACAAGUAUUCGUACGACGUUGUUCACGAGCGCUGGGAUCGUGAGGCAUACCAAGAAGUCCUGGAUUCUGAACCCUGGGAGACUAUGCUUCAGGGUCGCUUCCGAGUGUUCUAUUUCCAUGAGCGAGAGCUGCUCUCCGCGAAAGCGCUCAAGCUGUUGGAGGUCGUCGUGGACGCCAUGCACAAGCACGCACAGGCAAUCUGGGAGCGCGGGCACUGGGUGCCUAUUCCGACUGAAGAACAAGCAGACGCCACCAUGGACUCUCAGCGUAAGUCGCGUCGAAACGCGCUACGCAGAGCGUACAAGGCGCUCGUUCAGCGCUCGCACAACACCCCAGGGUUCAUCCCGUCGUUGUGGCACGAACCGAGUCUCUGGAAGUUCCCGGACAAGUGCUGCUACUGGAUUUGGGGGGAUCCCAGGGCCAAGAAACUCGGGGGAGCUAAGUGCAAGGACUUGGACGUCCAGCUAGCGACGUUGGACAUUCGUGAGCCCUCUCGAGUCCAAUGGAACACGGCGGCUGACGACGAUGAGUGGCUCCAAUACGUGCCUAACAACAUCAAGCGCCACAUCAAGCCCCUGGCCAUCCGCAAGCUCAACCCACUGUCUCUCAAGCACUCGUGA